GGGGAGGGAGGGAGAGCGGAGGAGGCUUUAAAAAACAACAGCCCCCCCCACACCACCACACACACAAUAAUUGAAUUUAUUAUUAUUGCCGUCUCGCCGACUUGGGGAAGGGGGAUCGAUCUUCGAUCAGGAAGAUGGCUGCUGGCUGGCUGCUAGUCUUUAGCCUGACACUUUUCCAGUCCCUGGUGAUGAACCACUCCUCGGAGGGACCUUUUCCUUCGGCCACCACGAUAAAAUCAUGGGUAGACAAGAUGCAAGAAGAUCUCGUAACAUUAGCACGAACUGCAAGCGGAGUGGAUCAGCUUGCUGCGAUUUAUUUGAAAAACAGAGAUUUGUAUACUGUAGAAGCCAACAACCCUCGUCAGCUAGUGGAAAUUGCAGCCAGAGACAUUGAAAAACUUCUGAGUAACAGAUCUAAAGCCUUGGUGCGCCUCGCUAAAGAAGCAGAGAAGUACCAAGCAUCACAUCAGUGGAGGGAUGAGUUUGGGAAUAAUGAUAUAAUCUAUUACAAUGCAAAAGAUGAUCAGAAUGAUCCUGAAAAGAAUGACACUGAAUCUGGCAGCCAGAGAAUCAGACCAGUAUUUGAAGAAGAUCCUGUUUUCCGACGGCAAACAUCUUACCAACACGCAGCAGUCCACAUACCAACAGAUAUUUAUGAAGGCUCAACGAUCGUGUUAAAUGAACUCAACUGGACGGCAGCGUUGGAUGAUGUAUUCAAGCGGAACAGAGAAGAAGACCCCACUUUAUUAUGGCAGGUUUUUGGUAGUGCAACUGGCCUCGCUAGGUAUUACCCAGCUUCCCCGUGGGUAGAUAAAAGUCGAACUCCAAAUAAAAUAGAUCUGUAUGAUGUUCGAAGAAGACCGUGGUAUAUCCAAGGAGCUGCUUCUCCCAAAGACAUGCUUAUUUUAGUUGAUGCGAGUGGGAGCGUCAGUGGAUUGACAUUGAAGCUGAUCCGCACCUCAGUCAUUGAGAUGUUAGAGACCUUGUCUGACGAUGACUUCGUGAAUGUAGUUUCAUUUAACAAUAAUGCUCAGAACGUCAGUUGCUUUAAUCAUCUUGUCCAAGCUAAUGUGAGGAACAAGAAGAAGCUGAAAGAAGCCGUCUACAAAAUCUCUGCUAAAGGAAUUACAGAUUACAAAAAAGGCUUUAGCUAUGCUUUUGAGCAGCUGCUAAAUCACAGUGUCUCUAGAGCUAACUGCAAUAAGAUUAUUAUGUUGUUUACGGAUGGUGGUGAAGAAAGAGCACAAGAAAUUUUCCAUAAAUAUAAUGAAGACAAAAAAGUACGUGUGUUCACAUUUUCUGUUGGUCAACAUAAUUAUGACAAAGGACCCAUACAGUGGAUGGCUUGUGAAAAUAAAGGUUAUUAUUAUGAAAUACCAUCCAUUGGAGCCAUAAGAAUAAACACCCAGGAAUAUCUGGAUGUUUUGGGAAGACCAAUGGUUUUAGCUGGAGAGAAAGCCAAACAAGUCCAAUGGACAAAUGUCUAUCUGGAUGCUCUGGAGCUGGGCCUUGUGAUUACAGGAACUCUGCCUGUCUUCAAUCUAACAAAGGAACAAAAUGGGAAAAUAAAUCAGCUGAUUCUUGGAGUAAUGGGGGUUGAUGUCUCUUUGGAGGACAUAAAAAAACUGACACCCCGAUUUACGCUCUGUCCAAACGGAUACUAUUUUGCAAUUGAUCCUAAUGGGUAUGUGCUACUUCAUCCAAAUCUCCAACCAAAGCAAAUUGGUGUGGGCAUACCAAAAGUUAAAUUGAGAAAAAGGAGACCCAAUGUACAGAAUCCCAAAUCCCAGGAGCCUGUUACACUGGAUUUUCUAGAUGCUGAAUUGGAAAAUGAUAUUAAAGUUGAGAUUCGGAAAAAAAUGAUAGAUGGAGAAAGUGGAGAAAAAACAUUUGAAACACUGGUCAAGUCCCAAGAUGAGAGAUAUAUCGAUAAAGGAAACAGAACAUAUACGUGGACUGCUGUGAAUGGCACUGAUUACAGUUUGGCACUGGUGUUACCAUCAUACAGCUUUUAUUAUAUUAAAGCCAAAAUAGAAGAACCAAUAACUCAAGCCAGGUAUUCUGGAGAGAGAAUUGGAAAUGAUACUUAUACAGAAACACUGAAGCUUGAUCAUUUUGAUGAAGCUGGCUAUACGUUUAUAGCACCAAGAGAAUACUGUAACGAUGUAAAAAAAUCAGAUAACAACACUGAAUUUCUGUUAAAUUUCAAUGAAUUUAUUGACAGAAAUACUCCAAGCAGUUCAUCAUGUAAUACUGAUAUGGUCAUUAGAGUUUUGCUGGAUGCAGGAUUUACAAAUGAACUUGCCCAAAAUUAUUGGAGUAAACUGUCUCUUGAUGGAGUUGUUGCACAAUUUGUUGUUACAGAUGGUGGAAUCACUAGAGUGUUCCCAAAAAGGGCAGGAGAAGAUUGGUUGGAAAAUGCUGAAACUUAUGAAGUCAGCUUCUAUAAACGGAGUUUAGAUAAUGACAACUAUAUUUUCACAGCUCCGUACUACAACAAAAGUGGUGCCAAUAGCUAUGAAACAGGUAUCAUGGUAAGCAAGGCUGUGGAAAUAACAAUAAAUGGGAAGCUUCUGAAACCAGCAGUUGUUGGAAUAAAAAUUGAUGCAACCAGCUGGAUGGAAAAUUUCACAAAAACCACAAUCAAGAGCCUGUGCAACAGUGAAAUCUGUGGCUGUGAGAGAAACAGUAUGCAUGUGGACUGUGUUAUCCUUGACGAUGGUGGAUUUCUUUUGAUGUCAAAUCGGGAUGAGUAUACACAACAGAUUGGAAGAUUCUUUGGUGAAAUUGAUCCUGGCUUGAUGCGAAACCUGAUUAACAUGUCCCUGUAUGCCUUUAACAAGUCGUACGACUAUCAAUCGGUCUGCGAUCCUGAAGAAGAGCCAAAGCAAGGAGCUGGACUUCGUUCUGCUUAUGUGCCUACGAUAACAGAUAUUUUGCAUCUAGGAUGGUGGGCUUCGGCAGCUGCCUGGUCUAUCUUACAGCAGCUGUUUUUGAGCUUGACUUUUCCACGUUUCCUUGAGGCAGCUGACAUGGAAGAUGACGACUUCGGUGCUGCCCUGCCUAAAACAAGCUGUAUCACUGAGCAAACUCAGUAUUUCUUUGAAAAUGACGAUAAAUCUUUCAGUGGGAUUGUAGACUGUAUAAACUGCUCCAGACUUUAUCACGCAGAGAAGAUUUCAAACACCAAUCUAGUAUUCAUUAUUAGUGACAGCCAACUGCUGUGCCGCUCCUGUGACCCAAAGCCACUGAUGCAAGCGGAGAAGCCGGAUGAAGGGCCAAAUCCUUGCGAAAUGGUCAAACAACCCAGAUACAGAAAGGGACCUGAUGUCUGUUUUGAUGAAGCCAAACAGGAAGAUUCGGCUGACUGCGGUGGUGUCUCUGGUCUGAGUCCAUCGCUGUGGUCUAUGGUAGGAAUUCAGUUGGUCCUGCUUUGGCUGUUAUCUGGCAGCAGACACUGCCAGUUAUGACCUUGCUAAACCAAAACCUGCGUAACUUAAUCAAGACCCGGCCAAAACGAUAGCCUCAGUUUCAUUAGGAAAAGGGUCAGCUCUUCAGACAGCAGCAGAACAGCAGCGCUCGUGUCUGGUUAUCACUCGUUGUGAGACUCAUAAAGGCACCCCCGGUGGCUGCAUGUUGGAGUGUCGGAUACUUAAACGUGUGUGAAUGCUGCAUCAUCUAUGCCAUCCAAAUGGAAUUCUGUACGUGCUCCAUUGGGGAAUCUAAGAUUUUAUUUUUUUUUUAGUUUGUUUGUUGUUGUAAUCUUGAUGACUUCAUGUAAAAGGGCUCCCCUGAUAAUAGCUUAUGUAUAUCAUUUUAAUUUCUUUUAAGCUUUAGAUAUCUUGAAGAUUUAUAUUCUUUUACAUGAACAGUUAUUAAAAAAAAAAAUAGAAAAAAGAAAACGCACUCCCCAAUAUACAUUAUUAGCACCAUGAUGGCUGCUUCGAACAUCAGCUUUGUCCAAACUAGUUGAGUAAAAUGCAAAUAUUGGCUAGUCUUCAUCAGAAGUUCAGCAUGGUUGAAAUGCUUUAUGAUAAGUGGUUUAUUCUUCCAAAAUCAAUCAUGUAGCCACCUAAGAUUUGGUAGGUUUAUAAAUUGUUAGUUGGAAGGAAGGAAGGAAGGAAGGAAGGAAGGAAGGAAGGAAGGAAGGAAGGAAGGAAGGAAGGAAGGAAGGAAGGAAGGAAGGAAGGAAGGAAGGAAGGAAGGAAGGAAGGAGGGAAACUUCUGUUUUUAGGUAUAUAAAGUUGCUUGAGAGUUUAACUAAAAAGUGAUUCUCAUCUUAAACUUGGUGUCAUCUGUCAGAAAAAUGUUAAUUUCAGUGUAAUAUUCACUUCCUUUUCACAACACAGUUAUAUAUAAAGCUAGUCGAAUCCUUCAAAGGCUCAAACAAAAACGCUUGUGAAUAAAAAAUGUCUUUGUGAUAUUUGGACGUUGGUUUCCAAGGGUAUUUUGCAUGAUGAUGAUGCUAUGUUAUUGUUUUUCAGUUUGUUUUCUUUGAUGGUAGAGUAUAGUCCAUUGAAAAGGUAACUGAGUGAUUCUUUUAUUGUGUGAGAAACAGAACAUUGCAAUGUGUUGCAAUCAAAUCAUAUUAAAUUAUAUAUUGAAACAGAGCUCUGAAUAUACUGUGCAAUGAAAAAGCUGAGAAAAUAGGGUAAAUUUAGCUAUCGUAACAAAAGGGUUGAGUUGAAUUUUUUACAGAAUAGCGAUCUCACAUUAAAACCUGUGUACAGAUAUUUUAAGUAUAUAAAAAUCAGAUUUAACACAUUUAUUUUUGGAAGUAUAUGUUCUCUAAGGUUCAUAUCAGGUUCCCCCUUUGUUUCCUUCAUAUAAAAAUACCCAUAAUAUGAAAACUUCUGCUGUUGCUAUUUAUUAUUGAAAAUAGCAUAUUUAACAGCAAAGUGUCCUGGUUGCUGAGAUUAGAAAAAAAUCUAAACAAAUGGGGAGCCUUGAAUCUGUAUGUAUGCACAUUGAUACUUGAUUGUGAAUAAUAAUUUUAGAAGUUGUUUUUAUACAACCUCAUUGGUGAUACAGAUUGGUGCAGUAAAUUACAAUAUUACGGUGUAGCAUAGUGUUGAUGCAAAAUAUGAUUUGCGCUUUCUUUCUAGUUUUCAGAACUAAACAGUAUUGCAAGACAGCUAAACCAAUGAAUGUGCAACUCUGCUGGUAUUGUACAAUUCUGCUAACAACUGCAAUAUGCAAAUAUUAACAUGGCACAAUACACUAGCUCUUUAAAAAAAUAAAACAAUGCAAAGCAUUGGUAUGUAUAUGCUGGCGAUUGAUUGAUACAAUUUUGAUCAUGCCAAAAGCUUAAAGAAAUAAUUGGGCAUGCAUUAAUAUCCUAUGAAAACUGAAGAAGUUACUCAAAGCCAUGGCACGGCUUAAAAGAUCAGAUGUCUACUGUAGUUGUACCCAUGGCUGGUUUGUUGUUUUUCUCAUGUACGUACCUUGGCUCCAGCUAUUUAUUUUCUCAUGAAUGAGAGUACAGUGAGUGAAAAAAAAUAAAACCUGACCUUUUGUUCAGUGAUCAGAUCUAGCUUUUUAAAAAAUAUCUCUAGUAAAGUCAUGGGGCUAAAAGUACACUUAAUUGUGUUGGAUGACUUCAGGUCCUCCUCGGGGAAGGUGGGCUGAUUUUGACAAUAUGGUGAAGUUAGUCUUGGAGCUCUUCCUUCCAGUCAUGUUACUGCGCUUCUCUUCACCCUAUCACCAGUUACCACCUGACAAAAAAUUGGGUUGAGUCUUUCUAAUGCUAAGACUGCAUCCUGCGUUUUCCUUUAACAUGUUCAAUUGAAAUUUUAUGGGAGGAACAAGUUUUGUAGGAUUAGGCCAAUGCUUACUACACUCAUAGCUUUUACUCUAAGAUUACUUAAAAUACAUAUUAGUUUGCAGUUUGCUUUUUUAAUUUAUUGAAAGAUCGUCGGUAUCUUAAGUUCUCUAUAGUUUUCACUUAGCUUCCGAAAAGAAACCCUUCAUGGAAAAGUUACGUUAUUUAACAUUUUGGAAUUUGCUCAUGCUGGUAGGCCGUAUUUUGAGUUACUUAAUAAACAUUUGAUUAGAGCCUGUAGGCAGAAAGAAAGAUGGCACAAAGCCCUGCUGCCACAGAAAACACCUUGGCUUUUGCUCUCAUCCCACUUCCCUUAGCGUGCUCAAAUACAAAAGGAGGGGGAAGCCCAUGCCAUGCAGACACAUUAGCCUUCUUGAGUUAUCCGAAGAAGGAAAAGUCCUUUGUUCCUCUCCUCUGACCCUCUCUAUGACCCGAAGAACCAUGUUUCUGUAUACUUAGCCUUCCAGCCAUGAUACCUGUCUGAUAGAAAACUCAGGAUCUAGCCCUCCCACAAGGGCUUAGUAGUGUCUCCAGAGAACCCAAUACUUUAAAAAAGAACAAAUGAAAUUUUGGCUUCUUUUGGCAGCAAGCAAUAUAUAUUUUGAUUAUAUCCGAGUGAUGGUCAAGAUUUUUUAAAAUGCAUUACCUAGAUAUCUGCAAAUUACAAAAAACAGAUAGAAAAUGCAAUGUGAACUUUAGCUAUCUCAAAAUGUGAAUACCAAUCUGUUUGAAAUAACUUGCAUGAAUAAAUACAUAUUCUUAUGCAGAAGAGUAUCCUUACUCUCACAUAAUGCAUAAUAGUCGCCUUCUUUUGUCUGUGAGAGAAGAAACUUGAUCCUAGGCUUUAAAUUCAGACAUUUUCAAAUGACAAUAUGUCAUAAAAAGUUGUUUGUUUUGUUUUGUUUUUUUUUUAAAGCCAGAUAAAAAGCUCUGUUGAUAUUUGCUCAGAUCCUUUAAACAGCACUAAGGGAACUGUUGGGACUGUUUCAGUUUACACAAAAGUCAUGCAGCCUGUUGAAUAUCUGACGAAUAACCACCAUUAAAGUUGUUACAGCAUGGUACUGUGCAAAACAUGGUCUGAGGACUUAACAUGAAAGGUUUCUUUCUAAUUUUUCAUUUAAACAACCAGCAUUACUGCCAAAACACUGACCGUGGUCCAUAUUUGUAACAGGUUUUUAACAUGACAUAGCAGGUUUGAUUGACAAGAUUUUUAGGUCCUGUACCUUUAAGACUUUAGUAUGAUCUUUUUCAUGUUUCUAACGCUUGAGGCUUUACUGCUUAACUUGACGAAAAAACAGUGUUGCUGCCAUUUGUAAGUUUUCCUAUAAUAUUCCUUUUACUAACUUAAAAACUGGCCUUACUGGGUUCAAAUAGGCAGUAUCCCUUUUAAGUGACCUUUGAAACCCAAGUGUUACUUGCUGCGGUGGAGAGUUUUUCAGUAUCACUGAAGAGACAUUAAAACCUUUUGUUCCCGUUAACACUUAAGCUCAGAAAACGUGCUUAGUAUGUCUUAAUUUCAAAACACAACCUCAGUCCCACUGGUCCUAAAAAUUCAGAUGCUAGCACGCUGGUUAUUAAGAAGUAUAUUAACGCCUACGAGGCACCGCAACGCACUGGGGUGUUUCUGGAAUGUCGACCGAAGGUGAAAUCUUAAUAACUCCUUCCUUAGGAUAAAUUUUACCCUCGCUUCAUCAGGCAUCCUAGCCUUUAACAAAGGCCAGAUUUAUUAUUAUUUUUUUGUCAUACCACAAUGUUAAUAUUGUUAAUACUCAUUGUACACUACUGUAAAAAGAUUAAAACAAAGUGUCUGAAAACAAUUCAAGAGUUUUGAAAAGUUAGCCUCACCCUCUUCCCAGCUACUCACAUCUGUCCUGUUUAUGGUUUAAAAGAAAAACAUCAUCUUGAAGAAAUAAUUUCACUGAGGCUAAAGGGAUACUGUCUUGUUCAGAUGCCAUGAAAUUGCGAUUGUGAUCUGACAAAGCUGUCUUCUCUUCUUGUGUUGUACGGAAUGUCUGGAUCAUGCUUUCUGGGAUAUUUUUAUUGAAAUGCUCAGUGUGCGUUUCUGCAAAAAAAGGCUUGGUUGCUCCUACAAGGCAAGCAGGUCUUUCUCCCUUUUCUUGUGUUCUCUUGACACUUUUGUGGAACUUGACGAGCCUGGAAAAAUAAUUUUUUUGUAAAAAUUUGUACAAUAAUGUUAUAAAAAGUUUAUAAUCCUAGAACUGUUGUGUUAAUUCUUGUGCAAAAACAGUAUAUUCAGAAUAAAAGUUUAUCAUUUAAAAUCAACAACUGCCCUAUAACUCUGUUCACUCUGUAAUAAAACCGUGUAAAUUAGAGCCUACAUAAUUUGCUAUACGACACUUCUGAGUUUGCACCUAAGUGUCUGAAAGAGAUAGAUUUUCCAACGUGGAGACAGUGACUUAACACACUUCUUACUGGGGUUCAAAGGAGGGCGUGCAGUAAACCCUCAUUUCUGCUUCAUUUGAGGCUAUGAAACUUUCAAAAAAGCUAAAGAAGAAAUUGUAACCAAUGAAAGCUGAGAGUCUGUAAAGCACUCAGUAAAAUAACAGUCUGCAAAGUAUCUGAAGUAGCCCUGUUGUUCUGAAACAAUUGCUUUUGGAAGGAUUGUCAUUUACUAACUUGUAAACAUUGAUGAAGUCCAAGGGUUCAUUCACAUGAAGAAGCAGACUAAAAUCAGAUGGCUCAGAUGGGUGCUGCCCAAGUUGUUGCCCCACCUCUGACAGAGAUUGCUGCAUGAUUUAUGAAUCGGCUUCUGUACCGCUACCGUCUCAGCUAAGCAUUAAAUUCAAAGUGGAUCUAUGCACCUUAAUAAACAGGCUUGAGACGUUCGGGAGUUGCUUCGCUGGGUUUUCAGACUUACUGUGGUGGCACUGACAAUCUCCGUCAGAAGGGCAGGGCAGAUGGCUGCAAGUGGUAACCGCUUUAGAAGCCUGAUUUUAAUCCUUGACUGUGUAUGUGUCAAAGCCCAGAGAGAAUGGCAGUCGUAAAUUACUGCUGGAUUUACCGAAUCCCUGAGGAGUCAGAUAAGAGAGUAAGAAAUCAAAUGCAGAUUCUAAUGCUGCAAAGUAACAGAUCGCCCAUGUGGAAAUGCUACAAGGCAGCGCAUGACACUGCACAUCAACAUCCAGAGAUUACUGGCCUCAACUAGAUUAAACAUUGCCGCCUAAC